AUUCUGGAGUAUUUAAGAGAGAGGGGAGGGCGAUGCGUGGGCAGAAGUUUUCCUUCCUCGGUUGACUGCAUCUUAUUUGGGUUGAGCUCUUCUGUGGAACUGACACCGUCUGUGUCUACGCGGUCUGAAGAGCAUCAGGAAGGAUGGCGAGGUGAUUUCAUGGAUGACUGAAUUGGGAGAAGGGUUUUGGGAUGGGGAUUGUCCCUCCUGCUGGUGUAUGUUGCACCUGCGGCCCGGAGACUAUGGGGGAAAUUUUGGAGGACUGAGUGAAGACGGGUGAAUGUUGCACAGCUUGCCCACAGGAUGUAAGGUUCUCUCCAGCCCAAAAUGUGGACGCCAAAAGGUCCCGCAGAGAUGACUCAUACAACCUCUUCAUUUUACAAAUGAGACCAGCUCGAGGGGAAACCUCCUGCUGUGGCAGGGCUAAACUCAGAGUUGAAGUGCCUGCUGUAGGCCCUGCUCCUUCCCUGGGUUCUCGUUGCAGCCUCCGCUCGGGGUCAGCCUUGGGGACCACCGAGAACUCAGUUGUGAUGGUCUGCAGGCCUAGCACAGGCACCAGUGAAACCAGCACCUCGGGGCACUGUGCACUGUCAAGGAGGCGAGAGAUUCUGGAACCCGAGGUGAAUCGAGUCCCCACGCCCCCACCCAAGCAUCCGCCCACCACCGGGAGGUCCCCUGGGGAAAAAGCUGAUCUCCACUUCGCUGCCAGGCCUCUUCUUCAAACUCCUGAAGUGGCCCGUGUGCACCAGAGGCCUGGCAACCCCAGUCCUUCUGUUGCUGGAUUGGGGACAAUAGGCACCCUCCCUUAACUCUCCACCCCUUUUUAAGUGGGUUUAGAAAAGGGAAUCUCGAACACUCGGUGACAGGUUUCAGUGUUUUUGUUUCCCUUUUUUCUUUUGUAUUUGUUUGUUUCCUCUCCUUUUUCUUUCUUUCUUUCUUUCCAUCUCCCGUUUUCUGUCCUUCGGCAUUUAAGCACUGGGAAGACACAAGGGAAAACUUGUAGCAGAUGUUCUUCUUUGGGAGACCUGCAAUGCCAUCUCUGGAUAACCCAGGGACAAGAAAUAGGUCAACCCAGGAAACCUGCCCAGUAGAGCAGCCCCUGGAGCCUGGGUUUCUCUCCCCCUAUUGAGGAAGAGGCUUCGAAAGCUUUUCCCCAGAGCACUGGCCCUCCUCCCCUUCCCAUUCGGUGGCUGCCUCCUUUGUGAACUAAUGACUGUAAUUAUUACCUCCCUGAGCUCUUUUGUUAUCUCGGAAGCCAAGCCAGGGAGUGGGGGGAGUGGGCUCCUUUUUGAAAUCAAAGUCUUUAUAAAGCAAAUUGCUGUCUAGGGAGGACCCACGUUAAGGAAAGACAAAUCAGAUCCCCGAGUGCUGUGAAAUAGGGUGUGUUACAUUUAAAAAAUGUAAAUACCACCAUUAGAUUCAAAGUACUCCAGAGCUGUGGGAUUUAAUCGAGUUUCAACAGUGGGAUUUUACGCCGUGUUUUAAAAAAAAAUACGUUAAAUCCAGGUGUUGUGUUUCUACCUUCCCUGUGCUUUAAUCCGUUUCCACCUUCGGGGCUUCGUGAAUGAUUCAAAUGCUUGUUUUAAAGAAUCUUUAUGUCUUCAACCAUUUAUCCAUUGCCGAAAUGUUCUGCAACCCCAGCGUGCUGGGUUGAAGCAAAACAUUAGCAGGAUUUGUUGUGGAUUUAAACAAAGAACUGGUCUCUCGACUCGCAUCCGCACUGCUGGAGCUAGAGCUGCGGAGCUGCCCUGCCCGCGCGCAGACGACCGAACCACGAAGUUUUUACAACCUGGCGUCGUAACCUGGGUCCUCUGAAGCCGAGAGCUCCGGAGAAGGUGGCCACACUGAGGCCUGGGUCCAUGCCCACCAAGGGCCCGCAGCCUGAGGCAGGCUUCUCGACACAGCAGGCUUUGCGCCAAGUCUGCGGCAGGACCUUGGCUAGCGCCCUCCCCAGACGCCACUCCCGGGCAGGGAUUGAGAGCCUAGUGCUCCUUCCCGCUCGGGCACCCAGACAAAGCUUCAUGGAGAGACUUUACCAGGCCCCCGCGUGCCUGGGGAACACAGGACCUGGGCUUGAUGCGGUCACCCAGGCCCCACGACGCCCUUCCUAAGCGAGGAUCGAGGGGCGGUGGCCAAGACUGAGGAUCCGGGAGUCUCCGUUUUGCCAGAUUUGGUGACUUGAUUCGGGGGCGGGGGGGGCAGAGUAAUAAGGGCUUGUGAACAGAGUGGAAAUGAAAAACGCUCGCUCAAGGGAAUGCACGCGGCGGAAGGCAGGACGCAGCCUUUCCCCACCGGAGUCUUCCUCAGCCUCUGAGAGGCCAGGAGCCGCAAAGUGUACGUGACGCUGAUCUCUGCUACCAAAGGAAAGGAACGCGAAAUCAACGCGGCCCCAAAAUCUCAGGGCGUCUUCCCUUUGUUUAACGGUUUUUAACGUAAAGGAUUUUGUUAAGAUAGUAGAGAUUCUGACUUUCUCAGGAAAGAAGAAACCCCUUCUCAGCAGGCCUCAGAAAUAGUGAAUCUCGCCGCCCCCACCACCCUCCGCCCGCUAUCGUGAAGAUUCUCGGAGGGCUGGGAGUGGGGAGCAGAUCGUUGAUUUGAGGCCCUCUGACUUGAAGGCCCAGCAGGCGAUGCCUUCUUUCAGCCUUGAAUUUGGAAAGCUCGGAUUGCUUAGCCUCCCACGCACACAUCGAUUUCGGUCACACGAAAGCAGCAAACCCUUCGCCUCCGCGGGCCAAGGUCACUAAAUGACCCAAUCCCAUCCCACAUCAGCCGUCAAUCCUGCCUGCGGAUUCUAGUUGCGCUCCCUCGCCCCCCUCCAAGAAGUUUUUGUUCUUUUUUUUUCCCCCCCAGCCCGAGGUCCUCGGUGAUAGGCUCCUGCAUGGAUUUUAAUUGCCUCAAUCAGCAGUCUUUCUCCCAGCCGUCAGUCAGAUCCUGGACGGUGGGUUCAGCGACCGCGCUCCCCGAAGCACAGGAAUGACGCGCUCCCGAGCACCGCGCGGCUCAGUAGGAAGGCGUCAGGCUCUACUAAGGAGCUGAAAUGAGUGCUUCGGUGCGUAGGCGCCCUUCCCCCACCGUCCCUUCCCCGAGCUCACGAACCGCUCGUGAUUCCAGCCCAGCCGCCGGGGCUCUCGAGGUCACAGCGACCUCAGCACCGUCUCAGAGGAAGGCGGCGCGGAAAUCGCGCCUCCUUCCCGGCAGCAGGAGCCAGACCUCAAACAAUACGCCAAUCGAUGCCUAUAUGAGGCCACCGGCUCCGCCUCGCCGAGGUCUCUCUAGUCUACCCCUCGCUGAAGCCCGCGCGCAGUCAGCAGCGUUAGCACUCUGGACAGCGCACCCGGGCCCGCGGGGGCUGUUUGCAGGCUCGCAGCUAGCGGUCCCCAGAGGCUCCCCUGCACCCCUCCCCCGACACGCUCUGACUCCAGCUCGUGCGCGCUGUCUGCCUCGCAUCCUCCCUCUCCCAUUUUUUUCUCUCCGCCGCCCCCUCAUCCAUCCCGAUUGGACUCCUUCUCCUUCAAAAGCAGUUCGGGUACUCGGCGCUUUCUCAUAUCCCUGCUGCGCGGACACUUCAGUCUCCUUCCCUAUUUAACCUCAGCCCUUCCGAGAGUUGCCACGUCUCCAAGCCCUAACCCCAACACACACACACACGCACUCACACGCAGACACGCACGUUUCCUGUCCCUGUGUGACACCCACCCUCUGCCGCACGGCCGCGCGGGUCCUCGCUCGGUGCCCUCCUCCCGCCACACUCACACGCACGCAGGCGCGCGCAGGGCCGAGCCGAGGACAGCUCGCCGACAGUUCGCACUCGGAGGCGACCCGCUCCAGUCUCACAGCGCUGAUGGCAUCUCCAGGCUCCGGCUUUUGGUCCUUCGGGUCUGAAGAUGGCUCCGGGGAUCCCGAGAACCCCGGCACAGCGAGAGCCUGGUGUCAGGUGGCCCAGAAGUUCACGGGCGGCAUCGGAAACAAGCUGUGCGCCCUGCUCUACCGCGAUGCCGAGAAGCCGGCGGAGAGUGGCGGGAGCGAGCCCUCGCGGGCCACCUCCCGGAAGGGCGCCUGUGCCUGUAAUCAGAAGCCUUGCAGCUGCCCCAAAGCGGAUGUCAACUAUGCGUUUCUACACGCAACAGACUUGCUGCCAGCGUGUGACGGAGAAAGGCCCACUUUGGCAUUUCUGCAAGAUGUUAUGGACAUUUUGCUUCAAUAUGUGGUGAAAAGUUUCGAUAGAUCAACCAAAGUGAUUGAUUUCCAUUACCCUAAUGAGCUCCUUCAAGAGUAUAACUGGGAAUUGGCAGACCAGCCACAAAAUUUGGAGGAAAUUUUGAUGCAUUGCCAAACGACUCUAAAAUAUGCAAUUAAAACAGGGCAUCCCAGAUAUUUCAAUCAACUUUCCACUGGACUGGAUAUGGUUGGAUUGGCAGCAGACUGGCUGACUUCAACAGCAAACACAAACAUGUUCACCUAUGAAAUUGCUCCAGUAUUUGUGCUCUUGGAAUAUGUCACGCUAAAGAAAAUGAGAGAAAUCAUUGGCUGGCCAGGGGGCUCUGGCGAUGGGAUAUUUUCUCCUGGUGGCGCUAUAUCUAACAUGUAUGCCAUGCUGAUCGCACGCUUUAAGAUGUUCCCAGAAGUCAAGGAGAAAGGAAUGGCUGCUGUUCCCAGGCUCAUUGCCUUCACAUCGGAGCAUAGUCAUUUUUCUCUCAAGAAAGGAGCUGCAGCUUUGGGGAUUGGAACAGACAGCGUGAUUCUGAUUAAAUGCGAUGAGAGGGGGAAAAUGAUCCCAUCUGAUCUUGAAAGAAGGAUCCUUGAAGCCAAACAAAAAGGAUUUGUUCCUUUCCUUGUGAGUGCCACAGCUGGGACCACCGUGUAUGGAGCCUUUGACCCCCUCUUGGCGGUUGCUGACAUUUGCAAAAAGUACAAGAUCUGGAUGCACGUGGAUGCAGCUUGGGGUGGAGGACUACUGAUGUCCCGGAAGCACAAAUGGAAACUGAGCGGCGUGGAGAGGGCCAAUUCUGUGACAUGGAACCCACACAAGAUGAUGGGCGUCCCUUUGCAGUGCUCUGCGCUCCUGGUUAGAGAAGAGGGGUUGAUGCAGAGUUGUAACCAGAUGCAUGCCUCCUACCUCUUCCAGCAAGAUAAGCACUAUGACCUGUCCUACGACACUGGGGACAAGGCCUUACAGUGCGGACGCCACGUCGAUGUUUUCAAAUUAUGGCUAAUGUGGAGGGCGAAGGGCACUACUGGGUUUGAAGCACAUAUUGAUAAGUGCUUGGAGCUGGCAGAGUAUUUAUACAAUAUCAUAAAAAACCGAGAAGGAUACGAAAUGGUGUUUGACGGAAAGCCUCAGCACACAAAUGUCUGCUUCUGGUACGUGCCUCCAAGUUUGCGUGUCUUAGAAGACAAUGAAGAGAGAAUGAGCCGCCUCUCGAAAGUGGCCCCAGUGAUUAAAGCUAGAAUGAUGGAGUACGGGACCACAAUGGUCAGCUACCAGCCCUUGGGAGACAAGGUCAAUUUCUUCCGCAUGGUCAUCUCAAAUCCCGCAGCAACUCACCAAGACAUUGACUUCCUGAUCGAAGAAAUAGAACGCCUCGGACAAGAUUUAUAAUAUCAUAGCUCACUAAGCUGUUGCGAUUCUCUAAGUAGACAAUUAAGUUGUCACAAACUGUGUGAAUGUAUUUGUAGUUUGUUCCAAAGUAAAUCUAUUUCUAUAUUGUGGUGUCAGAGUACAGUUUAAAAAUCCAAGACAUUGCUCCUUUUACAAAUCCUUUCCUAAGUUUAGAAUACCUCUCUAAAAAUUAGUGACAAAAGGCUGUGUUCUAAUCAAUAAUGAAAAGCUUAAAAUUGUUAUAACUACUUCCCUUACUUUUAAUAGAGUAUGCAAAUCAAGCUUUAUUUUCACUUCAGAGUAGUAGGAUUGAUUAGUUCCAAAUUGCCCCUGAAUCCUAAAAGGUUCUUUGGGGUGCAGUCCAAAGGAGAAAGUGCAUAUAAAAUGUAUGUUGACAAUAAAAACUCUUGCCUUUUUCAUAGUAUUAGAAAAAAAAAAUUUCUAAUUUACCUAUAGCAACAUUUCAAAUGUAUUUAAAUACAUAUAAUUUUACAAAAGGAAAAUAUAUAUAUUAAAAAGAAAUCCUAUUUUGUAACAUAUAGAUUUUUAUUUUAUAUGGGUUAUACAAACUGCAGGGGCAGAUAUAAAAAAGAAGCCAGAUUUUUUUUUUCUCUUUCUUUUAAUGGAGGCACAAUAAACACUGAGCAAAGUUAUUCUGAAACAUAGGCCCACACAAUUCUUCAAAGGUAAAUUGCCUUCUUUCUAUUCAUGUGAUGGCUUAUCAUAUCUCUAAAGUUAGUAUUACAAAACAAAAACAAGAGAAUAUUGCAAGUUCUCUAAAAUAACUGACCAGAUCAACAAUAAGAUUCUCUUCCCAGUUGAAUUUUCCACCCAGUUGACCCUGAGCAGACCCACUCAGUAAUCAGGACAAACCAAGCUUCGUCUUAGACUAAAAUUAGGGUAAUUGUACUCUGCUUUCCAGUUCAGCUUGUUUUGAACAGAAGGUAGAUGCUUAUUCUUGAGGCAUCUUCCCAAACAGUAUUCUUUUAUUAGGUCAUUUGGAUUAAUUAGGGAAAAUAAAAAUAAAAUCUAAUCAGCCUGAGCAAAAAGGAAUGAAGCACACUCUGGAAGGUGGUGAGCCCAGAAAAUUAAACUCGGCCUUGA